UUUUUUCGAACAUUUUGGAAUUUGUAAAUUGAUAAAGCGAGGGGAAAAAAUGGCGAAUUCCUCAAUUUCGAGUGAUGAGGAAGAAUACUAUGAGGACGACAUCAUCUUGCCCUUCAUGAUAAUCCUGAUAAUGAUUAUUUUCAUAAUUAUCAAUAGUAGUCGAAGAACUUCCAACUCUCAAACUUCUUCCACUCAUAAUCAUCAUCAACAACUAUCAGGAAACGACGAUUAUGAUGAUUUUACGGUGAGAUUCACCAAUUAUCAUCAUCAACAACCAUCAUCAAGAGACGACGACUAUGGAGAUUCUACGGUGGGACCCACCAAUAUUCAUAAUGAUCAUCAUCCACAACCAUCAGGAGACGACCAUCAUGAAGAUUUUACGGUGGGAACCACUAAUCCUGGUGGGUCCAUUUCAGUGACGUUAUCUGACCCAGAUGUUCUAGAUUGCUCCAUUUGCUGCCUCCCGUUGACUAUCCCUGUUUUUCAGUGUGAGAAUGGCCAUAUAGCAUGCUCGUCAUGCCGCUCUAACCUUGGUAACACAUGCCCCUCAUGUUGUGGGAAAAUAGGCUACAAUCGCUGUCGAGCCAUCGAGAAAGUUAUUGAAUCAGUUCAAGUAUCAAGUUGUAAUUUAAGGUACGGUUGCAGGGGAACUAUCAACUAUUGUAAAAAGCAGGAACACGAGGAGACAUGCAUUUACACACCAUGUUCAUGCCCUUAUCCUGACUGCCUCUUCCGGGGUCCAUCUAGGAGCCUUUCAACCCACAUGAGUGAAGAUCAUGCAUAUUCUGUGAUUCGCUUCCGUUUCGAUUCCAAGUUUUCUGUUUUCCUGGAGAUGGAUGAAAAAUUUCUUGUCCUUCAGGAAAAGAGAGAUGGCAUUUUGUUUAUUCUGAGCCAUGGCAACAGAAUAGCAGUUAGAUGCGUUGAUCGAAGCCUCUCAAAAAGAAGGUUUUCAUAUGAUCUUGUAUUAAGCCGAGAUGCCACCUCAUUCAAGUUUCAAUCUUUCACACAUUGUGCCACAGAAAGGUUCAAUGAUCCUCCUUCUGUGGAUUAUUUGGUGAUCCCUGGUUACCCUUACCACAGGUACGGUGGCUACGUCAAGUUGGAUAUUUGCAUACGGAGUAAAGAAGCCUCUGCCUCUCAUCAGUCAUCACGCAGACAUUACUUAAGCAGUUUGAUUUUUAUCGGCAAAGGAAUAACAUUUUGGAACUGGAAUUUCAUCAAGAACGAACAAAAAAUGGCGAAAUUCUCAAUCUUCAGAGAUGAGGAAGAAGAUGACGACGAUUUCUGCAUUCGUAGUCCAAAAAGAAGAAGAAUUUCCUACUCUCAAACUUCUUCCACUCAUAAUCAUCAUCAAGAAGAGCAUCAACAAUCAUCAGGAGAUGAAGAUUAUGGAAAUUUACCGGUGGGACCCACCAAUUCAGGUGGGGCCAUUUCAGUGACUUUAUCCGACCCAGAUGUUCUAGAUUGUUCCAUUUGCUUCCUUCCGUUGACUAUCCCAGUUUUUCAGUGUGAGAACGGCCAUAUAGCAUGCUCGUCAUGCUGCUCUAACCUUGGUAACACAUGCCCCUCAUGUUGUGGGACAAUUGGCUACAAUCGCUGUCGAGCCAUCGAGAAAGUUAUUGAAUCAGCUCAAGUAUCAUGCUGUAAUUUAAGGUACGGUUGCAAGGAAACUAUUAACUAUUGUAAAAAGCACGAGCACGAGGAGACAUGCAUUUACACACCAUGUUUAUGCCCUUAUCCUGGCUGCCUCUUCCGGGGUCCAUCUAGGAGCCUUUCAACCCACAUGAGUAAAGAUCAUGCAGAUUCCGUGAUUCACUUCCGUUACGAUUCGAACUUUCCUGUUUUCCUGGAGAGGGAUGAUAAAUUUCUUGUUCUUCAGGAAGAGACAGAUGGAAAUUUGUUUAUCCUGAGCCAUGGAAACAGAAUAGCAGUUAGAUGCGUUGAUCCAAGCCUCUCCAAUGGAAGGUUUUCAUAUGAUCUUGCAUUAAGCCGAGAUGCAACCUCAUUUAAAUUUCAAUCUUUCACACAUUGUGCCACAGGACAGUUCAAUGAGCCUCCUUCUGCGGAUUAUUUUGUGAUCCCUGGUUACCUUUACAACGGUGGCUACGUCAAGUUGGAAAUUUGCGUACGGAGUAAAGAAGCCUCUCAUCAUGCAGAUAUUACUUAAGCAGUUAGGCAUUUUGAAAGACGUCUGUGCUCAGUGGUUAAAGGAUGAACGCUGUUGCAGAAAGAACUGCAGACAUCUAUGGUUAGUGUUUUCUUGUGUUUUUUUUUAUUAUUAUUAAUUCUGGCUUUAUUAAAUUUUAGCUGAAUUUUCAAGCAAGUCUAUCACAGUUAACAAACAAAUCUGUUCUGUUUCUUUUAGCAAGGGAUUAAGUUCACUUUGUUUUUGUAAAAGACCUAUCAAGUAUCAACUGUCUGGGGUGGUGUGGAGUUGAUAAAAAAGAAACUUAACCCUUUUUGCUAGUUUCUCUAGGGUGAUUCUCAAUCAAUUUGAAAAAAUCUUGAUACCUAACAGUUAGGAUUUAACAAGAAAGUGGAAACUUUGUGGGGCCCAUCAACUGAAGUUACUAAAAUGCCUUUUCUCUCUAUUCUUGGGGCUCGUUUGGUUGCAUGUAGGAAAGAGUAUUUCCUAGGAAGUGGUAAAAGUUAUUUGGUUGAUCACGAUAAGUUCUACUUACCUUGAUCCCCCUAGGUAAGUAACAUCCUCCAUUUUGCGGGAAAUAGAACUUCCUACAUUUUUUGUCAACCAAACAACCUGACUCUAUCUUACUUCCUAGGAAGUUCUACUUUCCUUGAAUUUUUAUGUCAACCAACCAACCAACCAACCAACCUCCCUCUUAGACUUCACUGAGAUGAAUCUAAUAAUAUCACACUUGACUAUGUUUCUUCUUAUAUAAUGGUGAGAGAAUAUAGUCAAAGUUGGUUGAUGAAUAGUGCCUAACUGUCAAAUGGUGCAACUGAAAAAAAAAAGAGGAAGUAUACAGUAUCCAACAGUUAGAUAAAUAGUGAAAGUGAAACUCUUUGUUUACUUGCUUGGCUUUUUUGAAUCAUGUGCACUUAAAAACCUUAUUGCUGCACUUUUUUUUAAUGGCAAAAAGUAGUAAAUUUGAUUUCCUGCUAUUACAAGUGUACGACUUGCUUGAUAAUUUGGUGUAAAAUUUGCAAUUGUUGAAGCUGUCUAGAUAAUUAUAGUCCUGCCAACCUCUGGUGGAAUUACUUUCAUAUUAGAGGUGACUCAUAUAUGUACAUAUGGUUCUUUACUUCUUUAUGUAUGAAAGUUAGAUCAAUGAUACAACAAUAUGUUUGUCUCAGAUGUAAUAAUUUUACGUAGGGAAUAAAAGCUUGUAAGUUGUAAUACAUAGCUCAUGUUGCACCUAUGAAAGGUGCGUGUAUCUUUGGUAUGAAUUAUUUUUAAUUUGUUUGCA